UCUGCUCAAUGUUUCUGUGAGGCCGUUAGGAGAGAGAUAAGACGGUUGUAGCGAGUGCCAUCGGCGGGCUGAUGCCAGCUUGGCCCUCACCCGGUUUCGUCCCACCUACACGGUUCAGCCAUUCGAACUCCGGGCCCCCCCCCCCGACCCGGCCGCCACCUCGCUGAUUUGGGGGAAAGCGAGCGCAUCUGGAGGUUGAGGUGUGGGGAGAAAGAAACGGUGGCUGCUGGAUUCUUGUCUGCCUGGGUGUCCUCAGAUGCUGACGGCCAGGAGUUCCUGUAUUUUUUUCCCCCCCUUUUUUCCCCCAAAUUCCACUUCAGCCGCUUCCUGAAAUGGAGCUCGGAAACUUGGCCGUAUUCAUUCGAUCGAUGGUAUUUAUCCAGCGCGUACAAUGUGCAGAGCACUGGAAAGAGCGCUUGCGAGACAACAGAAUUAGCAGACAAGUUCCCUGCCCGUAACGAGCUUACAGUCUAGGUAUCCUACCUUAGCCAUUAUUCUUACAAAGCCCAUUUUUAUAAUUGAAGCAUUUUGACGUGUUUCAACCUUCAGUCACGCUAGUUCAGAAAUAGAUCGCCAAACACAUCAGCGUCUCUUAGGUCUUGCUAAUAACAGUAGUAAUUAUUCUGUGUAUUUUAGAAGUGGCACCCUCUUUUUAGGUAUGCUUUCCAAUGGGGACUAGACAAUUGUAAUUUUGUCAUGGUUUUUUUUGUUGUUUUUGUUUUUGUUUUUUGUUUUUUUUUUAAGGCAGUUAUUCGGUUUGGGAUUGUGGGGUGGAGGGCCUCUGUAUGUGACGUUUUGAAUUGCAAACAAAAUGUUAGACUUUUCCAGGCCUUAUUCUUAAAGGGCUUAACCAGAUGAGUGGCUAGCUGAAACAGGAUCCAUUGAGUUCCAUCUACUGUAGCACCGUCAUCAGUUGUCCUAGUUUGAUACGAUGCAAGGGAGGUGUGACUGCACAGAAAAGUUACAGAGCAAAUUUGAUUUUUUGCGCUCACAGUUGAACGAUAUUUCAGCUUUUAAGAAUAUCUACAGAUAUGCCUUUGAUUUUGCAAGGGAUAAGGACCAGAGAAGUCUCGAUAUUGAUACCGCAAAAUCUAUGUUAGCUCUUUUGCUCGGAAGGACCUGGCCACUGUUUUCAGUAUUUUACCAGUACUUGGAGCAAUCCAAAUAUCGAGUUAUGAACAAAGAUCAGUGGUACAAUGUCUUAGAAUUCAGCAGAACUGUUCACGCAGAUCUUAGUAACUAUGAUGAAGACGGUGCAUGGCCGGUUCUUCUUGAUGAAUUUGUUGAGUGGCAAAAAGUCCGUCAAGCGUCAUAGCAAAAACUACUCUGAAGAAAAUGCAGACCUUUUGAUGCCCACCUGAAUACAAACUAAUAUGAAUCGAAGAAAGAACCAUGGGGUGCAUUUUCAGCUUUAUGAAAGACUUCUUACAGUACUUUUUUUUCCUUUUUUUUUUAAAGGAAGUUCUCUUGUUACAUGUGAUAAAUGGGCAUUGAACCACACCUCUUCCGAGACUGAAAAGUGAGGUUUCUGUUUUAGGUUAUGUUUAUAACAUUUAUUUCAGAACAAUAAAGAUCAGAUUUGUGACAGAACUAAAGCGAAGCU